AUGGUGUACUUUCCCGGUACUGAGUACCGUGCCCAUACGAGCUGCAUGACCGAAGCGCAGAAAUACCAGGGAGCCCUUUACCGCGAAAAGAAAGGCAAAGCCCAGUCUGCGCAGGCACCCGCACCCGCAGACAGCGCGAACAACGCGGCCUCAAACACCAUGGCCCAUGCAGCAUAUGUUGAAGACGUCGCAGACGACUACGAUUCCUGGCGCGAUUACGAACAGCGCAGCGACGAUGACGACCAAUCCGUUAACGAUCCGCUCCCGGAGGCGCCAACCCCACCCUCGGCCGUUGAGGCAGAUGCUCAAGUCAAUGUCUUUGACUUCCUGGUCGCCAACCCGACGCCAACUGCUUCCCAUGUUUCCCUGCCCGCCACGGCGCCCAUCCAGCUGUGCGAGGACACGCAGCUCGUCCGCUUCGAUCCAGAGGCCAACGGCAUGGCCGAGACUUUUGAAGAACAGGCGGCGAUGGUACAGUAUGGCACUGGUCCCGUACCCACGCACUUUGAGACGCCCGCACCCAAGGCACCGCGGAGGAAGGUGAAGGACAGCGACAAGGAAACCAAGAAGGACAAGAAGCGGAAGAGGUUACACAUCGAGACGGACCACAUCAUGACGGACGCCCCGCCAGUGCUGCAUUCCGGGCUGACAGGUGGGAUAAACCGGCUCAUGUCCCGACCUUCCGUCUUCCCGCCUUCGCCGGAUUACUCUGGCGGUGAUGCCGCCGAGACCCCGGCCAGCCCUCUCAAGAAGACCAAGUCGAAGCACCACAAGUCCAAUCGAGCAACCGAGAUACUAGGCAACAGUCUAAUGGCUAUGAUCGCCGCCGGCUCCAAACCGAAGUCCACCAAGCGCACCAAAACCAAGUCCAGCUCCACCCCCUCUAAACCAAAGAAGAAGCGAACAACCGCCAAGAGCCUCGAGGCCCCGAAAGAGCAGAAACUUCUCGAGUUCAGGCCGGGGUCCAACGACGGCAAGGAGGAGAAUGGCGCGUUGGUGGUGUACAAGCCGCCGGCUCAGCAAUUCCUCAGUUUCGUGACCAAAGGGCCGGAAAGCGAGCGCGGCUGUAGCGUCAACAAGGCCCUGAAGAGGUAUCACCGCGAGAGGAGUGCGGCGGGGUCGGGGUCGAGCCGGUUGAUGGACGAAAAAGAGCUUUGGAGGUCGUUGCGGAUGAAAAAGAAUGAUAGGGGUGAGAUUGUGCUGUUUUGUAUUGAUGAGUGA